UGAGGUUGCAGUUGGUUGUGGCUGUUUGUGGAUGAACGGAUUAGCUCCCUUCCACCCAUCACUUACAUACUGCAUGAUACUCCACCUGAAGCUCUGGAUGGUGUAUGGAGCAGAGCCGAGAGCGAGGAAGGGCCCAUUCUAGUGAAGAAAUCUUAGGAAGGCAACAGACCGCCCACCUUCACAGCGUCUGCAAGUUUUGCAGAGUCCUGAGAGUUGGAUUCAGACAGCCUGUGAGAAACCACAGGAUGGAGGACCAAAUUUCUAAUUUCACUUCUUUUCGGAAAGGGUUUACUGAUGAAUGGAUGGAAGUUUUUAGGCAUUCAUUCUUGAAGACUUCUCAGGAACUCCCUAAAAUCAUUCUAAUAUUGUCUUUGAUCUGUAUAAUUGGAGCAUUUUUGAACCAACACCUGAAAGAUUUUCCAAUUCCUCUCCCUGUGAUAUUAUUUUUACUUGGAUGCAGUUUCGAAAUGCUAAGUUUUACAUCUGACAAGGUCCAAGAAUAUGCAGAUGCCAUACAAUGGAUGGAUCCACACUUAUUUUUUAAUCUAUUUACACCGGUAAUUAUCUUUAAUGUUGCAUUUGAUAUGGAUGUUUACCUGUUUCACAAGUUAUUUUGGCAGAUAGUUUUCAUUACAGUUCCUGGCUUUCUGAUUAACUAUGCCUUAAUCCUUUGGUAUCUGGCAUCUAUGAAUAAAUUGCUUUUGAAAACCACCCCAUGGUUACUAUUUUCAGCUAUCCUUGUGAGUUUAGAUCCCAUGCUGACUUCAUCUGCUAUAAAAGAUCUGGGUCUUUCUAGAAGCCUCGUCAGUUUAAUUAAUGGAGAAAGUCUGAUGACCUCUGUAAUGUCUCUAAUUACAUUCACUGUUAUUGUGAAUAUUGGCCUUAGCUUGCACAAAAAUACCAUCCAGUCCUUAGCCUAUAUCAUUGUGAGAGAAAUUUGGUUACAACUUAUAGUAAGUUUCUUGUUUGGAAUUGUUAGUUCAAAACUGAUUCAAUUAUGGCUGCCUACUGUUUUUGGAGAGGAUGUCAAUCAUAUAAGUCUCAGCUUUUCAUUUCUGUACCUCAUCUUCUAUAUUUGUGAGCUAACUGAAAUGUCUGGAAUACUUACUCUUGUCAUUAUGGGACUUUUUUUUAAUUCUACAAGUUUUAAACCAGGAGUUGAAGCACUUCUUCUUGAAUUCUGGAAUUGUCUAUCAUUUGUUGCUUUUAUUAUGGUGUUUACUUUCACUGGACUUCUAAUUCCUGCACAUACAUAUUUAUAUAUAUCAUUUUCUGAUAUAUAUUAUUCAUUAAAUAUCUACUUAACACUUAUUAUGUUCAGACUUCUGGUCUUUGUGUUACUGAGUCCUCUUUUGUCUCGACUUGGUCAUGGUUUCAGCUGGCGCUGGGCAUUCAUAAUGGCCUGGAGUGAAAUGAAAGGGACUCCUAAUAUAAACUUGGCUCUUCUGCUUGCCUACUUUGAAAACUCUCUUGGAUCUGAGAGGGAGAAAUCUCAAAUAUUAUUUCAUGGAGUGUCAGUGUCCUUGAUUACCUUGAUUGUCAAUAGAUUUAUUUUGCCAAUGGCAGUUACUAAACUUGGUCUUCGUGACGUCACAUCGACGAAGUAUAAGUCGCUGUGUUAUACGUUCCAGCACUUCCAAGAACUAACCAAGUCUGUAGCCUCUGCACUCAAACUUGACAGAGACCUUGCCAAUGCAGACUGGAACAUAGUUGAGAAAGCAAUUAUACUUCAAAACCCAUAUGCAUUGGGCCAAGGAGAAACAAAAGAACAUCAAAAAGUGAAAUGUCUACACUGUAACAAGGAAAUAGAUGAUAACCUUAACAUUGAAGCAAUGGAGUUGGCCAAUAGACGUCUCCUGUCAACACAAAUAGCGAGCUACCAGAGACAAUACGGGAGUGAGACUCUGUCCCAGAGCGCAGUCCAGGUGCUGGUAGGGGCAGCAGGAAGCUUUGGAGAGAAGACGGUAGAGUAUAUGAAUGCUGAGACAAUAAAGAAUUAUUCUGAAAGCAAAAAAAUUCUUGUCUUUACUAGAAAAGUAUUGCUCAAUUGGGUGUAUAAUACGAAAAAGGAAAAAGGGAUCCCAUCAAGACAUUGCUUUCUUCGUGCAUGCCAUAAAAUAGUAUUUACUGAUGAAUUUGAGUAUAUCGGAUACCUUGUCAUAUUAAUGAAUAUGUUUCCUCUUAUAAUUUCUUGUAUAUCUGUGCUGAACGAUAUCUAUGAAACAGAAUUAGCAUAUGCUAACUACUCUUUUCUUGCAUUUUAUAUCAUGGAGGCACUACUUAAGAUAGCAGCAAUGAGGAAGGAAUAUUUUUUCCAUGCCUGGAAUCUAUUUGAGCUAACAAUUACGCUAGUUGGCAUCAUAGAUGUAAUUCUGAUUGAGACAAAUCUCAUUAAUUAUUAUAUUUUUGAUUUGGUUCAAACAGUCAUCAUUAUAAAAGUUGUUAGAUUUCUUCGCAUCCUACGCAUUUUGAAGCUUGUAACACCAAGGUUGCUGCAAAUAUUAGAUAAAAGGAUGAGCCAUCAGCUGUCCUUUAGAUAUGCUAUACUAAAAGGAUAUAUCCAAGGUGAAGCAGAUAUAAUGACUAUAAUUGAUAAGAUUGCAAGUUCUAAACAGGUUAAACAGAUGUUAUUAAGGAGGGUAACGAAGAACACAGGACAUGCUAUGAAAGAACUAGGCUACUUAGAGUAUGAUCACCCAGAAAUCGCUGUCAUUAUGAAAACAAAGGAGGAAAUUAAUGUCAUGCUCAGUUUGGCUAAAGAAAUUGUUAAAGUUUUCAGGUUAAAAGGCAUUCUUCAUAAAAUUGAAGGUUCUGAAAUUAACAAGAUAAUUAUGGCCAAAAAAAGAGACAUACUUGAUUUUCAACCUACAUAUGAACCUCUUACUGUUGAUGAAGCCCUCUAUCAUAUAUGAGUGCUAUUUACUGAUCUUUAUGUAUUUGGUGACAUUUUCUAGGAAAGAUCCAGAGUUGUAACAUUUGAUUGUGGAAAUGAUAUAUUUGAAGAAGGUGAUGAGCCUAAAGGAAUUUAUGUAAUUAUUUCAGGUAUGGUAAAGCUUCAAAGAUCAAAGCCAGGUUUGGGAAUUGAUCAAAUAAUCUGGGAGUCAGAGGAGAAAGAUUACCAGAUAACUUACACAGACUUUGUGAUCAGUGGGGCAGUGAUAGGAGAGCUAAACUGCUUGACUAAUGCGCCCAUGAAAUAUUCUGCCACCUGCAAAACUGUAGUAGAGACAUGUUUUAUUCCCAAAAAUCACUUGUAUGAAGCUUUUGAAAAAUUUUAUCCUCACAUUGAAUACAGAAUGUGGCUAAAACUUGGACUUUCUAUUACUGCCAAAAAAAUCAGGGAACAUUUAUCUUAUGAGGACUGGAAUUACAAGAUGCAAUUAAAACUCAGUAACAUUUAUGUAAAAGAUAUACCAAAGAACACCAAAACUGAUAUCUAUGAUGAAGCAGUAAUUUAUGUCAUCCUCAUCCAUGGAGCUGUAGAAGAUUGUCAGUUACGAAAAGCUUAUAAGGCUCCUUUCUUAAUUCCUAUAACAUGUCAUCAGAUACAAGGCACUGAAGAUUUCACAAAGGUAACAAUUGUUCAAACUUCGAUUUAUUCGAAAAGAUUCAGGUGGAAGACUAGAAAGUAUAUAGCGUCACAUAAACCAGCUGAUCCAACAACAUCAGUCUUUUCUGAAGGAGCUGAAUCCAGAACAUGUGAAUACCCCCUUCCAGAAGACACACAUACUCAAUUUGAAGCAGGUGAAAGUGGAACACAUGAAAAUCUCUCUCAAGAAGAGACAUGCACUCAGAAUCAAGAGCCUACAAAAUCAACUGCUAAGAUCAGGAUGGAUAAGAGCAUCUAUGAGAAUGCCUCGAAUAAGCCUGAAUGGAAGUCUGAAAUGAUUGACAAGGCUGUUUAGAAGGCCGUCACAUGUCCUGGCCCCGCUGCCAUGAGAUGCCUCCUGUUUCUGAAGCACGCUUCCCUCCCUCAAGAGGGAGCGAGUUUGAGUUGCAUCCUAUGUGGAUAUUCUUGGUGCCACACUGAAAGAAGUUUGGACUUUGCAACUGUUUCAUUCAAAAAAUAUAUAUAUUUUGCAAAAUUUCCUGGAUUUAAAAUAUCUAAAACACCCCAGAAUAUCUUAGAGUAAGCUUUAGGUUUAGAACCAAAAAAUAAGCUUAUGCUACCUGGAUAGUUUGUAUAUUACUCUUAGAAAAAAAUGGUUGGAUUCACUUGAUGAAAAUUAAAUGCUAAUAAAAAGUAUUUUAAAUGUUGCUCUUGAA